UCUCCUCCUGUUAUGGCUCAUGAACAUGAUGAACAUGAUGAACUUGACUUGGAAGAAAAUGUGAACGUGGCGGUUUCAGUGUCAAAUUCACUCUCCUUCCCUCGAGAAUGGAUCAGAAAAACAAAGUUUCUCCAUGCCAAUCACAUCCAUGAUCUUCAGGUCGGCGUUGCUAUCCGAACAAAUCAGGCCGGCGAUGAUGUUUUUUUGGCUCUCUGCGUCGGAAACCGCUGCUUGGUUAUCCGCUUACCCGACAUGAUCGAAGGGUGUCUUGCUGACUUCCUCACCGCUGACACCAACCGCUUUGUCGGUCUCCAUCAAGAACCACCGAUCGAGCUGGCGAAUUACAAGACAGCGGCGCAGCUCGGGGACAACCAUCAACUCAAUCCCGUGGUGGCAUGGAACAACUGGCCACUCAAUGACGACCAAGUGAACGAAGCUGCCAUCGAGUCCGUGCUUGUUUCCUCGUCGCUCUCCGUGACCACCGUCUCUGAUCAUGAUCAUGUUUGGUUUAGUAUUUUAAAUUAUGCAAUCCCGGUUUAGUAGUUGGUCAAACUUAUUCGUAGUUUAUCUCAAGACAAUCUUGGAGGGACAAAAAUCUUUUCUUAGAAUGUUAUCGGUAAUGUAUUAAAUUAAUGACGUGAAGAAAGUGUUAUUUUAAGAUUAUUGUAUUAGCCUGUUUCUAUCCUUGUUUUACCACAUUCUCUAUUUAAUCUCCAUUACUACGCUAGUAGAAACUCCAGUUCGAUAAAAACUAAAAUAGAAUAUAAAAAGUCCAAUUGCCCUUUUCAUCUAUAUGAAAAAAAAACUGUCAUGAGACUCCAACCAAUGGUACAAUUUUAAUUAUAUGGAUUGACAUUUAAUCAAUUUAGAUACACAUUUUAAUACAACAUUAUGUUCUCCUCCCACAAGUAGAACAUAUA